AUUACGUCUUGGAAGAUGGUUCUGCAGCUCCGUAGAGGCUUUCGGGCAGCAGCUGUGACCUUGAUGCUGGUGAUGCUGAGCACCCCAGUGGCUGAGGGCAGAGACUCUCCCGAGGAUUUCGUGGUCCAGUUUAAGGGCAUGUGCUACUUCACCAACGGGACGGAGCGCGUGCGGGGCGUGGCCAGGUACAUCUAUAACCGCGAGGAGUACGCGCGCUUCGACAGCGACGUGGGGGAGUUCCGGGCGGUGACCGAGCUGGGGCGGAGCACCGAGGACUGGAACAACUAUAAGGACUUCUUGGAGCAGGAGCGGGCCGCGGUGUACACGGUGUGCAGACACAACUACGAGGCGGAGCUCCGCACGACCUUGCGGCGGCGAGGUGAGCGUCGUUGUCCCUCCGCGGAGCUCACCCUUGGGGAGUGCCCGAGUCUUUCCGGGCAGAGGGGCGCGGCAAGGCCUCAAGGAUGGAGCCCUGGUCCACCCCAGGGGACAGGAAGGUGGCAGGGGCUUGGGGAUUGGGGGUAG